AGAAAAAAAUAGAGGAAAGAAAGGAAGGAGGGAGGGGAUAGUGAAGCAGAAAAUAACUGAUUUUCUUCUAUCUGUCUCAGGCACCUACACCCUGCUCCCAGCUGGGAAAUCUGGGCCUUGCCAUUUUUGCAAUACAACCCUAGACCUUAAUAUUUUUUGGGUGUCCCUUCCUGCUUGAUGAGGAAAGGAGAAGAGGAGUGCACAGACUAUGGGAAGGAUGGUGCAUGCUGGGCAGGGUCUCCUGGAAAGCCUGAGGAUCUAGCAGGCCUCCUGGAUUUACCCAAACUGGAUCUGCUUUCAAAAAGGAGGAGAAGAAGGACAUAAUUCCUAUUUUUCACCCUCUUGCCCGGAAGGAUCAGAUUGGUGCAUUGCAAAAAAAAAUUGUGCACAUUUUUGUGGAUUUUUUUUUUAUUUAAUUUUUUUGCUGCUGAUUUUGCUUUUUUUUUUUUUUUUUUUACAUUUUUAGUAUUAUUAUUGUUGUUGUUUUUGUUUUUUUAAUUUAUUUGAUAUUUGCCCAGGAAUAUAAUAUCUUACGGAGGCAGAGGAUGAAAAAAAAACCACUGCAACCUAUCAUUCUGAACGCUGGGGGGGGGUUAAAAGUUUGCCUUGUCAACAUCACAACAGCUGUUAAAACAACAUUUUUUGUAAAAAAUUUUUUUUGUCCUUUGCCAUAAUGAUUUGGCAGGGGCUGUAAUUGUUUUUAAUUUAAUUUAAUUUUUUAUUUUUUUUGCAUCUACCUGAAAAGCUUGGAACAGGAAGGAGGAGAAGGGGCAAGAUGGGUUGGUUUAUCCCUUUAACAGUUCAGUAAAAUAGGCAAAAAAAAAUAUAUAAAAAAAAAUACCUUUUUGUAUUACGUUUUAUGAAAUUUUAUUCUGAUCUGGAGACAAGACACUGGAGUUUGGGAUCCGUCUACAGCCAAAAUGAGCAUCAGUUCACCUCCGACAUCAAUUGACAGGUUGAGCAGCCUGUCAUCUGUCAGUGACGGGGCAUCAGAACGAAGGUCUCCCGGGCACCAGCGCCAAGCCACGGACUACGGCGAGUCCACAGGUUUGGUCCAGCGCUGUGUGGUUGUCCAGAGAGAUCAGAAUGGAUUUGGUUUCACGGUCAGCGGGGACAGAAUUGUCCUUGUCCAGUCAGUGCGGCCAGGUGGUGCGGCCAUGCGGGCAGGUGUGCAGGAGGGCGAUCGUAUUGUGAAGGUUAAUGGCACGUUGGUUGCCAACAGUUCUCACAUCGAGGUGGUGAAGCUCAUCAAGUCUGGAACCUAUGUGGCGCUCACCCUGCUUGGUUCUCCUCCACCUUCCUCAACAAUGUCUGGACAUGAUCAUGGUCCUUCAGCCUCUCCCAGGAAUUUGUCUUCUCCAGUGCCACCACCUCCCCCUUUGCCACCUCCCCAGCGCAUCACAGGACCUAAACCACUACAGGAUCCUGAGGUUCAGAAGCACGCAACCCAGAUCCUCCGAAAUAUGCUGAAGCAGGAAGAGACGGAACUCCAGGCUCUUUGUGAAGUUUAUAACCGAACCCCGAACCACAGUCUGCAGGAGCAGAUAGAGGGAGCCAGAAGGAGAGUCCAUCAACUGCAACUAAAGAUACGUCAGGAAACAGCUGGCCCUGGAGAUAUUUUGCGUUCAUACAGUGACUGCAGCUCUGUAGGCUGUAAAGUAGUAGAUGGUCGGAUGUCGGUAGAUUCACAAGAUGGCGACAGCGGCCUAGAUUCUGGCACUGAUAGGAUCUCGUCAAUUAGCGAGUAUUCCAUUAACAGGAACUCCAUCUUGUCUGAUUUCGGGUUAGACAGCUCUCAUACCUCUCCAGUCAUCUCUACUAAAAUCUUCCAGCAUCGGCGGCAGGGUUCCGACACAGCACUGAUUCAAGACCAGGUGGACAAUACCCGACCCAUCAUCAUAUGCCCUGAAGAGGAUUACGACCAUGGCUAUGACAUCUCUGAGUGUGAUGGUUUAUUCCAAGACUUGGACAAGCUGAAGGUUCGGCCGGCCCACAUGGGAGUGUUCUUGAGAUACAUCUUUUCUCAAGCGGAUCCCAAUCCUCUGCUCUUCUAUCUGUGUGCUGAAGUUUGCCAGCAGCUCAGCGCUCGGGACGCCUGCUCUUUGGGGAAGGAGGUGUGGAACAUCUUCUUAGAUAAAAGUGCACCUCUGAGAGUGAAAAUUCCCGAGAACCUACUGGCUGAAAUAGAUUCCUGUUUACGUGGCUCUGAGGAUGUUCGGAACGCACUGAGUGAAGCACAGGACGCCAUGUUACCGGAAAUACAGGAGCAGAUACAAGACUACAGGACAAAGCGAACUAUGGGCCUGGGUAGUCUUUAUGGAGAAAAUGACCUGCUGAACCUUGACAUUGACCCUCAAAGAGAGCGUCAGGUGGCUGCUAAGCAGAUCGCACAGCUGGAGGAAAUUCUGUCAAAAUAUGAAGAGGAGAGAAGCUCUCCCAUGGCCUUUGCACUAAGCACCUAUAUGAAUCAUGCUGGAAUCAGUUCCCGUGAAUUUCGUCCUGCCAGCGUCUCGGAGAAGUCUCAGAUUAUUCCUGACAAAGACAAGUGGCUGCCCUUCUUCCCCAAAACUAAAAAGAACAGCAACGCAAAAAAGGAGAAGGAUCGAGAAUCUGCAGAUGACAAAAAACGAAACCCAAUUCUCAAAUACAUCGGCAAACCCAAGGGUUCCUCUCAGAGCACGUUUCAUGUCCCCCUGUCCCCUGGUGAAGUAAAACCGGGGAAUGUCCGAAAUAUCAUCCAACACUUUGAAAAUAACCAACAAUAUGACCUUCUAGAACUUGGAAUGCAACGGUUGUCCACUGGAAGCUUUCCUGAUGACCUGAUGGACAACAACAGUGCCCGGUCGGAGGUAAAACUUGGCCGUUCAGAAAGCUUAAAGGGGCGGGAAGAGCUAAAGAAAUCCCGCAAAGCUGACAACGUGCCUCGCUCUCGCAGUGACGUAGACAUGGAUGCAGCGGCCGAGGCAACAAGGCUACAUCAGUCCGCAUCAUCUUCAGCAUCUAGUCUGUCCACAAGGUCCCUGGAUAACCCAACACCACCCUACACCCCCAAGCUGAUCCGCAGGAGUAUGGAGUCUCCAAAUAUGAUCUUUACUGGUGAAUCCUUGCUGGCCAACCUCCAAGAAGACGAUUUAGGGCAUAUGUCAGACCCCGAACCCGAUGCCCAGAACUGGCAACACACUGUGGGCAGGGAGGUGGCUCAACAUCUAACUGCAAAGGAGAGGGCACGACAGGAAGUAAUACACGAGCUAUUUAUGACAGAGGCCUCUCAUCUUCGAGUCCUUCGAGUUCUUGAUCACAUUUUCUAUCAGAGGAUGCGCAAGGAGAACUUUUUGUCCACAGAGGAGCUUCUGCUUGUGUUUCCUAAUCUCCCUGAGCUGAUUGAGAUCCACAACUAUUUGGUAGAGCUCAUGAAGAGGGUGAGGGAGGAAGGACCAGUUGUCAAAGAGAUUGGUGACCUUAUGCUGUCCCGGUUUGAUGGAGCAGCCGGAGAAGAAGUGUGCCAAGAAACUGCCAAGUUCUGCUCGUGCCAGACUAUCGCCCUUGACCUUAUUAAAAUCAAAAAGCGUAAAGAAGCUCGGUUUAACCUCUUCAUGCAGGAAGCAGAGAGCAGCCCUCAGUGCCGGAGACUUCAGCUGAAAGAUCUUAUAGUAUCUGAAAUGCAGAGACUGACGAAAUACCCUUUGCUUUUGGAGAACAUUAUCAAACACACGGAUGCUGGCACACCAGAAUAUGAGAAGUUGUGCCGCUGUCGGGAUAGAUGUCGAGACAUCUUGAAAUUUGUGAAUGAGUCGGUGAAGCAGCGAGAGAACGAAUAUCGGUUGGCGGAAUACCAGAAACGUUUGGACACCACUUCCCUGGAGAGAAGCAAUAACCCACUGGCUGCAGAAUUUAAGAACUUGGACCUGACGUCAAGACGUAUGAUCCAUGAAGGAUCUCUAACGUGGAGGAUAACAAAAGACAAGACCAUUGAUCUGCAUGUUCUUCUCCUAGAUGAUCUUCUAGUUCUCCUUCAGAAACAAGAUGAGAAGCUAGUGCUCAAGUGUCAAAGCAAGACCUCAGUGGUUUCCUCUGAAACCAAGCAAACAUUCAGUCCUGUUAUCAAGCUGAAUUCUGUGCUGGUCCGGUCAGUAGCCACAGAUAAAAGAGCCUUCUUCAUUAUUUGCACAUCUGAACUUGGACCCCAGAUCUACGAGUUGGUGGCAAUGACGUCCUCUGAAAAAAACACGUGGAAAGACCUACUUGAAGAAGCUGCCAAAAGUGCCACAAGACAUCCACCCAUUUCAAUAAAACCAAGCACUCGGAACCUGGUCCAAUCAAGGGCACCCUCUGCUAGUUCAGUUUUACAGGAUGCAGGCAUCCCGAAUUUAUUGUCCGACACUAAUUUGAGAACCAACAGUGAAGACAUCGCAACGGAUGAGAAUCAGGUUGAGUUCCUGGCACACUCUCACAAGACUGAGGUUCUUCUGGAAGAACCAGAGGGUGUAGAAGAGGAUGAAGCACAGACGCCUACACAAUUGCCAUUUCCAUCUCAAGUGGAGGAUGCAGGAGGAGGUUCAGAAAACCAGUCUGAUCCCACGUACCUUGCCUACCAGUGGCCAUCAGUGAGAGAGGGUUUGGCAGAAUCUGCACUUGAAGAUGUCCAGAAUCUUCGACAGCUUAUUCUACGAAGUCUUCUUCCCACAAGACCUUCAGAAUAUGAUUCUGCCCCCACGCCUGAACUAGAGGAUGACCACACACCCACGCCUUCAGUUUCCGGUGGGGCUGCACACCCAUGGGAUAUGGCAACAGACUGUGUAUUAGAGACUGUAGAUGGAGAAAACGCCAAUGAUGACCGGGAUAAACUGACAUCGCAACGCUCUAGUAUCGCAGAGGGCAGUAGAGCUGUGGUGGACCUCACUCACCAUCACAGGAGGCAAGGUUCUAGAGAUGAAGAGGAGAGUGUUUGGGAUGUGGUCGAGGGCCACAACAAAGGGAGUUCUGAACUAGAAAACAGAAAUAAUCCAUCAGAUACUACUUCGGAGGACCAUAGUAAUAAAGCAUAUAAAGUAGUAAGAAAAGCUGAGGUGGUGGGCAGUAAUGAUGUCAUACCGUUGCCAGACAGCAGCCAAUCAGAAACAGUGUUGCAGGAAGCUGGCGGCGGAACGGUUUUAGAUGGAAAUUUGUUUUAUGUGGUCAUGCCGACUGUACCAUCACUGCCUCCCCCUAAAGAAGAGCCCCAACCACCCUCAGAAUUGAGUUGGUACAGAGAACCCGAAGAAACUGAGCAGAAACCAGCCAAUAGUUUGGAAGAUAACAACCUUCCGACUCAAAGUAUAGAAAGUGGAGUAUCUGGCUCUGAUGUGCCACCUAAUUUGGUUAUUCAAGAUGUUGAUAUGAUCUUCAGAACAAUUAAACAGCUAACGGACAAAUUACACAUGUUACAGGAGGUGGAAUCGGCACAUCAAGAGCUUUUAAGGUCUUUAAAGGAUAAAUCCACUGAAGACGCAUCUCGGGAGCUUGAACCACCGAUGGUUGAGGACAUGCAACCAGAAGUACACCACGGGUCCACUGUUAAUAGUAGUUCACUUUUCUUUGUGAAAAACAGCAUUUCUGUGUCCCUCCAUCCAGAUAGCCUUACAGAUCCACAUGACGAUGCUUUAAAUCUUACCAUGGGCCUUUAACCUUGUGCAUAGACGCCAAAAAUAAAAAAUCACUAGGAUCUCUACCACUACUGUUCAACCUCUCGUCUGUCCAGAAUCAUUUUCAAGGGGUCGGCAACACAAGGCUACACAAACAUGGCUGCCGGCUAAGGACAUAGGCACUUUACAGUUGAGGUUUUUACUGAACAGCCAGACUUGGACUGAUUAAAAAAAAAAAGACAAGAACUCAAAUGGAGGGAAAAAAACAAACUGGAAUUAUUUUUGGAAGACAAAAAAACCCUGCGAAGCAUGUUAGCUUAAUAAAUUAAAUAUAAAUAUCUAUAUAUAUGUAUAUGUAUAGUUAUAUACCUAUUUAAAGAAAGAGACAAAAAACAAAACCCUACACUGUCAGGAUUGGUUUCUAACACAAUACGGGAGUGUUUGCUCUGUCUCCGAAACGCGCAUGCCGCCUCCAUAGGAAUGGACCUGGCAGGAAGGCGACCUCUAGUGGACAGUCGUGGGAAGAUCUCUGGCCUGUGGUUGUCACUCUACACUAUGGAGAGUCUGUUCUUGUAGAAAAUGCACUAUGUCCAAAUGACAAGAGAAGUCCCAAGCGUCUGUACAGCGGGGCCGCCUCUCGUGUUUUUUUUGUUUUUUAUGUAUAAAUAUGUAUGUAUUUUUAUUUUGUAUAUAGUUUUUUUGCCCUUUGCCCUCUCUUCCAUCUUGUAAUAAAACAAGCUUUUUACCACU